AUGGCCCUCGUUCGUGAACGACGCCAGUCAAAACUCGGCCUCCGGUUGCAGGAAAUCUCCGAGCGCCGCCCUCGUUUCCCUCUACCCCUCCCUCCCACCACCACAUCCCAACAAUCGACAACCACCACCGUCGCCGAAUUGGAAACCGUUCAAGUUCUUGGUCACGGAAACGGCGGCACCGUCUACAAAGUAGUGCAUAAGAAAACGUCUAACGUCUUCGCUCUCAAGGUUGUACAUGCCGACAGUGAUCCGAUGAUGCGCCGGCAGAUAUUUAGGGAGAUGGAAAUUCUUCGAAGAACGGAUUCACCUUUUGUGGUUCACUGUCAUGAGAUAUUCGAGAAGCCUGACGGGGAUAUUGCGAUACUGAUGGAAUACAUGGACGCCGGGACACUAGACUCGCUACUGAAAAACGGUGGGAGUGGAACGUUCACGGAAAAGUCACUCGCCGACAUCGCGCGUCAGAUUCUCAACGGACUUAACUACCUCCAUGCCCACAAGAUCAUUCAUAGAGAUAUCAAACCAGCAAAUCUUCUCGUGAACAAAAACAUGGAGGUGAAGAUUGCCGAUUUUGGAGUAAGCAAGAUCAUGUGCAGGACGCUCGACGCCUGCAAUUCCUACGUCGGCACGUGCGCCUACAUGAGCCCAGAACGGUUCGAUCCCGACACUCACGGUGCCAACUAUAAUGGUUACUCCGGCGAUAUCUGGAGCUUGGGGUUGACGAUGUUCGAGCUUUACAUGGGUCAUUUUCCGUUCUUGCCGGCCGGUCAGAAACCUGACUGGGCGACGCUCAUGUGUGCGAUAUGUUUUGGGGAACCACCAAGCCUGCCGGAAGGAGUUUCCGACGAGUUUCGGAGCUUCAUAGAGUGUUGUUUGCAGAAGGAUUCUAGCAAGAGCGGUGAAAGAAAGCUCCGGCAAGACACAUGGAGCCGAUUUCGUGUAGAGUUUCCAGUUUCUGCAAACUGUUAUCUCAACAAAAUCAGUGCAAAGUUCGAGGGAAACAUUCUCUUCGUUAGGCAACCCAAAUUGAUCACUCCAGAAGCAAAACCAGUUCAAGAAACCCCGCCGGCAGUUGCAGCGGCGUCGGUGCCGACGCCUCAAAAGCCUGUUGAUGUACCAAAUGUGGGUCAGAAAACUACCGAUGAAAAACCCACUCCAGCAAUACAAACAAAUACAAAGAACAGUUUGAGGAAAGAUCAAGAGACUGCUCUACAUCCUUAUUCGCAUCGUCAUCAAAUCCCUUCACCGUUUUCUGCCACGUCCCAUUCACCGCUUCAUCUUACCUUUUCACCGACUUAUUCUCUGUCUCUCAUCUUCCUAUUCGUCUGCUACCGCUCCUCUUCCCCAAACUUCGUCGAUAUCUCCUCAUCGGUGUCGAUGUCCACCACUGCAGAAGAACCCGACGAACAGCCAUCAGACGUUUUAUAUAGAGGCGGUUUCGAUUUUUCCCACCCACCUCCACUGAAGAGCACUCUUAUCUAUAGUGCCCAUUUUGGAGGCGGCUCCAUUUGGAGCCUGAUUGUUUCCACCUACCUCCACCGCCAUCGAUUUGUGUUCACUGCCACCUUCAUCUCAUCUGCUUUAACCACAGAGACGCUCCACCGGCAAUCACCAUUCUAUUCGAUCUUUCAUCGUUCUGGUUUGGAAGAAAAUUUGUUACCACCACUUAACUUCGUCAUCAACCACCGAUUACCACCUGUCUGCUUCCUUCUUUCGUCUCCACAAGCGAGGUUGAGAAUCUACUCUCCUUUGUUCAUUCCUCAUCGUCGGAAUCACACCGGUGAUGAAUGGUCAUAUUUGUAUCUUCAAUCACUGCAAGGAAUGCAAAUGGGUAUGAACAUGAUCAUCCCCUACAAUUUGAAUUCUCAAAUUAGGGCAAAUGGGUGUCUUGCUCUCUCCCAACAAAGGAUAAACCAGGGGCAAAUGAGACCACAAUUGGCCCAACAAAAUGCAGUAGCAUCUGGUCAGGUGAUCAUGAACUUGUGCCAGAAUGUCUUCCACAUUGACCCAAAUCAUGUCCAAGCAAGACAUGAAUAUGCCAAGGGCUAA